AUGGACCCGAUGCGCACAGAGCGGAGCGCUCUGCCGCUGUUCUUCCUCCCCCUCCUCCUGCUGGCUCUCUCCGUGUCCUCCGUGGCAGCCUGGGACCUGGUUCUCCUCCACACCAACGACGUGCACGCCCGGGUGGAGGAGACCAGCAAGCACUCGGGGAAAUGCGGCGGCAGUGGCGGCUGCUUCGCCGGUGUGGCCCGUAGAGCCACGAUGAUCAAAAGGAUUCGGACCUCCGAGAGCAACGUGCUGCUGCUGGACGCUGGAGACCAGUUCCAGGGGACGGUCUGGUUUAAUUACUAUAAAGGAGCAGAGGCGGCAUACUUCAUGAACAAGCUGCAGUAUGAUGCCAUGGUGAGAAACACACACUGAUACUCUGGACAGGGUUAAUCUGUCACUCAGACGUCCUCUCUGAGAAGUUCACUAUCACUUCUGACAGAUAUGAACUUUAAUGCUUCUAAAUAAGGUGAAAAUGCAUGAAGUAUGGUAUUAGUAUCUGGAGUAUUAGACAGUAAAACAGCUGUUCAUGAUGCAUCUGUAGCUCAGGUGAUAGUAGGAGAAAAUUAAGACUCCUACACCACCAUGUAGGGCUGGGCGAUAUAGGAAAAAGUUUAUCACGAUAUAGUUUUUUUCAUAUCAGUAGAUAUUGAUAAAUAUCACGAAAUAAAAAAGGAAUUUUAACAGUGCUUAUUGAUAGUCUGUCUUUUGCAGUACAUUAAGCUACUGCAUCUGUGAGGUCCUUGUGUCUCUUCGACGUUUUGGCAUAAAGCGUUGCUAUAGAAAUAAUCAAACAAAACUUCUUCAGCAUCAAACAAAAAUGAGAAUUUGAGAGAGAAUAAAGGUCCUUUCACACCGGGACCUUUUUUUUUUGUGCGAUUAUUUCGGAUGUCUAUAUUUUUUUUCCAACCCGUAUCCUGUCAAUACAAGCGUUCACAUCAACGACGUUUUCCCCGUUCUGCGAUAUUGCGGCAAUUAUUUUUUCGGGUCAUGGUCGAUUUUUCUAAAGUUUCACAUACUGUGUGUCCACUUCUGACCAAUCAGAUUGCGUGUUGUUGCGACAUUAGAUUCACCGGUAUAUCCAACAUGGCUGACCGGCUGAUUGUUUACGUGUCAGAGAACAGAGUGAUUUUUGAUAAAAGACACAAACAUUACAAAGAUAACGACCUGAAGGACAACUCGUGGAGAGUCAUAGUGUCGGAUCUCUCAUAUGACGAUAGUUUGUGUGCUUUAACAGUUUGCUAAACGUCUUUGUUUUAACUUUCGUCUGUGCUAAGUAACUUUAGCUCGUAAGCUAACCUGUUCAGAUACAACAUACCGUAUGUAUUUUCACUGUCUCAAACUCAAUUGCGUUGCUGUCACAGCACCAUUAGGUCUCGGUUGUUACCUUACGUUUAUGAAUUAUAGUUUAAUGUGCUUCUCGCUUCUUACCAGGAUGUGUCUUUUUCCCCCUGGAUAGUCGCAAAAUCGCAUCGGGCUUGAUGUGUAUAUUCAGGCGCGUCAAAAUUCUCCUCCAAGUAUUUCGUAAUUUGGGUUCUAUAUUUGUGCCGGCCCUGGUGUGUAAGGACCUUAAAACUCAAUGAAGGAAAAAUAAAAGUCAUCUCAGUAGUGAAACGUAAUUUGCAAACAAAUUAUUUGCGCAAUUGUGUAAACUACUGGUCUUUUACUUCUUGUCAUUUAUCCUUUUGUUUACAGUAUCCUAACAGUUUCUUUCUCGCUGACCAGAUUUUUGCGAUCACUGCACGUUUUACAGUCUCGCUACCAGCUCUCACAUUUGCGCUCCCUGAGUUUUUGUUUGUGAUUCUGAGCGGGACUUUUCAGGGGUGCAGCACCAUUGGCUCGUGAGUUUUUGAGUGACAGCUCAGUGGCCAGUGUUGUGCCCAGGAACGCAUGCCUGCCGAGAAUUGCAUGAAAGUACAGUUGAUAUCUUUUUGUGUCAUUUUUGUUGAAUAGACCUUGUAGCAUAAACAUUUUAUCUACCUAAACGUUUGACCGGUGAGUGAUUUCAUUUCAACUGGAAAACGCAAACCCAUGAUGAUUGAUUGAAUUGAACUGUGUUACGAGUGUCACCACUGUUCUGUGGUGAUUGAGCCUGCUGUUUAAUUUUUUUAUAUGUCGUAAUAGUUUUAUUGCCCAGCCCUACCACCAGGUUAAUCCUACAUCUAAUGAACCUUGUACCGUAACACCAGGAGUGUCUGAAAAGUUAGAUAAAAACAGCAUCAAAGAAGACCAGUCUGCUGCCUCGUCUCCAGUCAUUCAACAAAGUGAAGAAAUGUUGCAGCAACUCCUCAAAGAUCAGACCUGCAGCUUCAUGUUAAACCAACAUACAAGCUCAAGUGUGAAGCUCCGAGCUGCAGAUGAACCAGACUGUGGCCUCUAAAAGGUUUUUCUUGAUUUAUUGAUUCAGGUCUGACGGCCUCAUUUAGUUUUAAUCAGGCUAAUGGCAGCAGGUCAAAGAGAAACGUUUCACUGAUCAGCUUUGUGGACCUUAAACUCUGCAGCAAGAUCAGAGGAGAUCAGAUUCAUUCAAACUACAGAUGGAGAGUCGAGGCCAAAUAAAGCUUCAAAAUGACAUGCUUUUACUUCUGUUAGUCUUCACUAAAGAAGAGUUCAACUAAAACCUACUGAGCCCCUUCAGCAUCCAUUAGGAGAUCAUUUAAUGUCACAUGUUCAAAUAAUAACAUAUUAUCAACCCUGUGAAGGCAGUGUCCGUCAUUUAUCAUUGCCUGAUACUAAAAUGACUUAUUUUUCCAGUAAUCUGCUGUUUUGAUUCAGUCAAAUGUUCAUUAUUCAGUUUUUCUUUCUUUGAUUGUGAUACAGCAGUUAAUCAUCGGCAUACAGACAGACUUUGAUAUCUAAAAACUAAGUAUGGAUUAUACAUGACUGGAGUAACUCAUGAAAUGACGCUUAGCUGCCAUCCCUAAAGGCUUAUUAUGGAAGAUGACUGGACUACAUUUGAUUUAAAUUCAUAGUUUUCUAGAGCAGACAAUUUUUUUUUAUCUGUGAACAGCUCAGUCUUUGAGUUUUUUAAGGUUUAGAGUUUCCAGAGUUUUUGUCUUUUUUUUAAGCUGAUUCAAAGACUUGUGUAUCUGAAAAAGCAGCGUUUCACUUGUGUAGUUUUGGCUGUUCGUGGCGUAUUUACCGAUGAGUGUAUUUCUAAAGAGCGGCGUCACAGUCAUAUCUACAGACUGUAGAUAAGAAUGAGGCUCUUCUCGGCUUGGCUGUUUGAUUUCUGGUUAAUUUUCACACUGUUAAAUAACUGAUAUGGAGAAGCUCCAUGUGGACUCAGACUUUGUUUUUUCUCUUGUUCCUCUUCGCUUUCCGUGCCUGAACUCUGUGCCUACCGUCAUCCAUCCUCUCCUGUCUGUAAACAAUCACAGCUCUGUUUCCUCUCACUCUUACUCUGUAAUGAGCCACGGCGCACUUUUACAGACCAGAAGGUUAAUGUGCGUUCACAAUCAGACACUGAAGAGUCUAAACAAACCGAGGGUCCAGUAUGCUCAGGGUUACUGGACCCUGAGGGGCUGAAAACAAGAAUAAUGAAUAAGCAAACCUCUUCUUUGUUACCUUUGAGCACAGCGAGGUCAAAGGUUGAUGUUUGGCAGGCUGAUGGCGGCACAUCUCCCAGCUGUAGUUUAGAAGUUUACAGCCUCUCCGUCUAACAGCUGAUCCUGAAAAUGAUCAACCUCUGGGAUUUUGUACAAGAGGAGAUCAUUAACAGAGAAGUGGUUUAAAAGCUCAUGUCUGGAAGAAGAAGUUAUAUUAAAGCAUUGUGGAUUAAAACAAAUGUAUUUCCUUUUUAAACUGAGGAGUCAGGGAGUGAAAAGGAUGAAAAAAGCCUUUAUAAAGCACUCUGUGUGGGAUAGAUGAGAUGAAAUCAGUAUAAUAAAAACACAGAGGCUGUCUGACUGUGACAGAGAUCAUUAUCCUUUACAGCUCAGGGUGUACGUUUAUGCAAACUCACGGUGGAAAUGCAGUUAUGAUGAAUCACUUCCCAAAAGAACAUUUUGUUUCAGAUCAGUUUUGUUAUUUUCUACCAAGUCAUUUUGUACAAGAACAUUUCAGGUCAUAUCUAAGCAUACUGUAAGAUAUCAUUUGUACCAUAUUUGGAGGUUUCCUUUUGAAGAGCAGAGGUAACUGCAGCCUUAAAGAGUUCAAUUUAGUUGAUUAUUCUCAGAAUUCAGAUAACGUUUUUAUGGAUGUGUGACCAAACAGGAGUGUCCACACUCUAAAAACUCUUGGGUUAUUUCUUCAACCCAAUUCCUGGGUUAUACAUGUUAAGUUAAAUUUCUGGGUUAUUUUUCAGAUCCAUCCCCAUUUCUUGGGUCAUAUGAAUUCUACUUUAACCCAAUUUGAGGGUCAUUUGAAUGGGUUAAUAAUUAUGGGUUAUUUUUAUGAGAGUAACCCAAUAAUUGGGUCAGACCGUUGGGUUUGUUGACUCUAUGUGGUUUCUAGGCCUAAUGGCAAUUGAAGCGACCUGGUGACAUUUAGACUAGAGAUAGCUCAGCGGGUAGAGCAUCCGGUUCCCUACCAGGGGGUUGGGGUUCAAAUCCUGCAUGUAGACACAUCUGUAAGGAGCGAACGACAUCUACUAGUGUGGGUCCUUAGGCAAGACCCUUAGUGCUAUGGCCUACCUCAAAAACAUGAGUGCGUUACCAUUGAAAGCCAAACAGACUCAGACCCUGAGGCCAAAGCAAAGCUCCCCAAAUGCAUAUAUAAACUUAACCCAAGAUCUUGAGUCAAACUAAGUAGAAGAGUGGGUUAACUUGACCCUUAAAAAGAGUUAUUGAGUCAAACCAAAUUAAUUUGAAUAACCCAACAGUCUGGGUCAAAAUAACCCAGUAAGUAGUCGGUCCCUUUUCAACCCUGGUGUUGGCUUAAAAACAACCAACUUUGGUUAUUUUUAACCCAGGGGUUUUUAGAGUGCAUGUGCCUGACUCAUGCCUUUUUUUUUUUGCAUUAUGGUUUUCUUUUAAAAUUAGUCUUUUGUAGAAAUAAAAAUGGCGUGGUGCUCGUUCUGUUGUUUGACCUCAAAUGUUUCUGUCAUGUUUUUUAGGUUUUUGGAAAUCACGAGUUCGAUAACGGGGUGGACGGACUCAUGAAGCCGUUCAUGGAGAAGAUCAAGUGUCCUCUCCUCAGUGCAAAUAUCAAAGCAGACGCAACUCUGGCCCCGACGUUUGGACACUCUUACUUACCCUAUAAGAUCCUCACAGUGGGCGGGGAGUCAGUGGGCGUGGUGGGAUACACGUCUCAGGAAACUCCAGCUCUGUCUCAGCCUGGUGAGUGGAAGUGGACAUUUUUUUUUAGACACUCCUGAGCUGUCGUGAUUCAGAUAGCAUCCCUCAAACAAUUUUUUUCUUUUUCUUCUUGGGAUGAUGACUGUUGUGAAUUGGCGCUAUGUAAAUAAAAAUUUGAUGAUUGGUUUGAUUGACCUGUCCGUGUCGUCCUGCAGGACCUCACCUGAAGUUCGAGGACGAGGUUUCCUCCCUGCAGCUGCAGGUGGACAAACUGCAGACGCUGGGAGUGAAUAAGAUCAUCGCUCUGGGUCACUCAGGAUUCACCAUGGACCAGGAGAUCGCCAAGAAGGUCAGAGGGGUGGACGUCGUCAUCGGUGGACACACCAACACUUUCCUCUUCACAGGUGGAUACACCUUUAUUCAUGUGGCGAAAGGUCUCAGUAUUUGAGUUUAUUUGACUUUUACAGCCUGACAGAAAGUUCAGCUGCAGGUUUUGUUCUGUCUGCUGCUCGUUACCCAGAUGGAAAUAUAAUACAUGAGGAGAAAACAUUUGAAGAGAAAACAUACACGGAAAUCAUGGAAAUCCUUUUCUGAACCAGUCAGACUCAGGGUGAUUUAGGGGGGCAGACUGUUCGAGCUGAUUGAAACCAGGACCUACAGAUUAUCUUUGGACGCCGUUACAACAGAAAAACCCGCUCACUGCUCAUCAUCUCUUACAUAACUUACUGGAAACCGUUUCCAUAGCUGCAGGUUUGGUUGUUAUAUUUUCUCUCUCUCUCUGUGAGCUGUUUUUGCUCCUGAUGGCAGGAAAUUGCGACUAUACAAACUUGAGGUUAGCUUUUAAACAAAUAUUGUGUGAGCAGCACUGUGGUCUCCAUAAAUAAAACAGCUGAAGAGUCAUAGAGCAGACAGAGGAAGGUAGCAUUUGUUUUUCUGCUGUGAGGUCAGGCUGUGUUUGACUCUGAUAAUGCAGAUCAGGACUACAGGAAGACAAUGUUUGGAUUCAGGGAGGAGGCAAGUCCAAAGGGUUGACAGUGAUGCUUUUAAGACAUCCCUUAUGUGUAGAGAAACUCACUAUAACAAACUAAAAGGUGAACUUCAUAAAGUGCAGAGAUGUUUCAGAGGGUCGCUGGUUUUGCAGUUUCUGUAACGUUUGCAGAAUUCAAACAAAUGUUUAUAUAAAAUCAACAAGCCAUAAAGAUGUCUUCCUAAAACUGUGUUAAUCACGUCUGUGUGUGUCUGAGUUUAAACCACCAUGAGGUCCAAACUGGGGCUGAGCCAGAAUCCCCAACCCCCACUGUCACAGCUUUCAUUCCACUCAUGAAUAUCUCCACUGACACAGUUUUUGAAGUUUCCACACUCUUUGUUUCUUCAGAGUUUUUACAGAACUCUGCCUGGUUGGAUUUAACUUGACCUCUGUAGGAGUUUUUAACUGAAUUGUCCUUUAAUUUAUUCAUAAAACAGACAGUCAGCGACAGCCCUGUGGUGUUUGAAGAAGCAGCAGAAACUGCCCUCUCUAAGGAAUGUGAUAACUUGUGAUUAUCUGGGGGGAAUAUUUCCAGGUUUGCCAAAAAUGUCUGUGGGAGGAUUCAAGAGGAGCUUCAUCUGAAGAGAAUUUAUUACAUUUGGCUUCAUUUUUAUUUAUUUUUUAUCCCUGAAACACCUCCUGCAACAUUUUGACAAUCCCUCUUGAUCCCCCCUCAAGGAUGUUUUUAUGGUUUUAUAUCUCUCUGACACACAGUUACAGUGUUUCCUCUCUCUUGACUAGCUGGCAAACAUCUCUAAAGCUUUAACAUAUCAGAGGUAACUGAGGAUGUUAGUGCUAAGCUCACAUUUUGAUGACUUACUAUAUAUCUGACACUAAAACUCUUGGUUUAAGUUAAAGCUGUACUUUUAAGUACCUGUGGCUAUUUAAAAAAAAGAAUGCUUUUUUUCAUCAUCCACACCUACCUGCCAUAAUGUUACUCAGCAGUAUACAUCCUCUCUUUGAGAUCUCCACAAGCUGUAAAUAUCUUCACGUCUCCUUUUUAACUCUUUAUUUUCAGGAACGCCUCCAUCCAUCGAAGUCCCCGCUGGUCCUUAUCCAUUCAUGGUGAAAUCAGACGAUGGCCGUCAGGUUCCUGUGGUGCAGGCCUACGCCUUUGGGAAGUAUUUGGGUUAUCUUAAAGUGACCUUUGAUGGUGCUGGAAACGUAGUGAAGACAACUGGAAACCCCAUCCUGCUGGACAGCAGCAUCCCACAAGGUCAGGAUGAUAAAAGACCCGAAGUUUAAAACUUUGAGGGCUUUAGAUGAGAGUUUGUUUCUGUCUACAGUCAUGCAUGAACUCUGUGUUUACAUUCAGUCUGCAUCAAACAUUUCAAUCUCACUUUUUAAAAAAUCUUAAAACUGUGUGAAAUACUGAUAAAAACAGAAUGUGAAUCAGUUCAACUUUACGUGUAAUUGAAGACAGUGCAGAGGUGACAUAAAAUACAAAAAAAAAAGAAUUAAAAAAAAAAUUGUUUUAUAUGCUAAUUUUUAAUUUGAUGCCAGCAACACAUGAAAAAAGUUUUUACAGGGACAACCAAAUUGGUAAAAAGUUGCAAGGCUAAAAAAUCAGGACAAAGGAGACCCUGAUCUGUUGAGCAGCUAAAAUCCUCGAUCAGGCAAGAAUGAGACAACAUUUCACUUUUGGACUCCAGAACCUGGUCGACUGGGUUCACUAAUGCUGCGUUCGAGUUACCUCAGAAGUCAGAUGUCCAAGCUGGGAAUGAUGUCACACCCAAGAAAGCAAAAUCGGACACAAGAUGGCUACAUCUACGAAGGUUAUUUUAGCACUUGCCUUGUCCGACUAUAAGCAAGGACAAGGCAAGCGCUAAAAUAACUUUCGUAGAUGAAGCCAUCUUGUGUCCGUCGCCGAUUUUGCUUUUUUCCGACUUGGUAACUGAAAUGUUGUUAACUCGGGUGUGACGUCAUUCCCAGCUCGGACAUCUGACUUCCAAGGUAACUCGAACGCAGCAUAAGGUCUACAAAGGGUUGGUUAAGAAAGAGCUGAGAAAACACGAUGUGAAACAUGAACCUCGAACUUUUGAACGAUUUUUGCUGUCGUCAAGUUCAAAGUGAGCAGUAAAGUUUCCUCCCUCACCUUUCACUCUGAUAAAAUAUCGUGUUUAGAUCCAGAGGUUCUCGCAGACGUUGAGGAUUGGAAAAAGAAUCUGGCGAAUUACUCGUCUGAGGUGGUGGGAAAGACUCUGGUCUUCCUGGACGGAACAACUGAAGAGUGCCGAUUUCGGGAAUGCAACCUGGGAAACUUGAUCUGUGAUGCCAUGGUAAGUGUUCAACUCAUUGGUCAUUAAAGGGAUAAUCCUAAUAUUAUUCUGACCUCCUUUACAGUCAGAGGUGGCUUUUUGAAGUCUUAAAGUCUUGAUGUUUCAGUGGAGAGUUCUUGGUUUUAAAAGGACAAAUGAAAAAUGAAUGCCAAUGUGAGUGAAAGUAUUCGUUCUGUCUUUGUUCCAGCUGGACAACAACAUCAAAUUCUCAGACGGCGUCCAGUGGAACCACGUCAGCGCCUGUAUCUUUAACGGGGGAGGUGUCCGAACGUCUAUAGAUGAACGCACAAGAAAUGGUGCAUAAAAACUCUGGAUUUGUUGGACUUUGGAGUCUUUAAACUUCAGAGAUGUUCAACAUUUCCUAAAGAACAUGAAUCAGUGUUGGUAUGUCAUCUCCAGGUUCCAUCACCAUGGAGGACCUGCUCUCCGUCUUACCUUUCGGAGGAACCUUCGACGUGGUGCAGCUGAAGGGCUCGACGCUGAGGAAAGCUUUUGAGCACUCGGUCAGAAGAUACGGCCAAAGCACCGGAGAGUUCCUACAAGUGUCCGGUACUGCAACGAUGUAUUUAACAACAAACAUGAGCAAAGAUAUGUAGCAGAGCUGAGCUGACCUGAAUGUGGGUGAUGCAGAUUUUAAAUCAUCGUGUGUGUUGUGUUUGUGUUUUCCCUCUCACAGGAAUCCAUGUGGAGUUCGACCUCUCCAAACCUCCUGGUAACCGGGUGAAGAGUCUCGACAUCCUCUGCACUAAAUGCCGGGUACCUAAAUACGAAGCGGUCGAUGAUGAGAUGAUUUAUAAGGUGGUGCUAACGUCCUACAUGGUGACAGGUGGUGACGGAUUCUCCAUGAUCAAAGAUGAGAUCCUCAAACACGACAGUGGUGAGAUCUUUGUGUGGUUUGAAUCUUAAUUGACAUCUUAUUACCUGCUCGUCACUCCUGAAGAGACUUGACAUCUUUGGUGUGUUUUGCAGGAGAUUUGGACAUUUCUGUCGUGUCCAAGUACAUCAGGCUAAGGAAGAAGGUUUACACGUCUGUGGAAGGACGCAUCAAAAUCUUCAACUCAGCCUUUGGACUGCGGGGACAGACCACUCCUCUGGUUUUACUGGUUUCACUGGGACUGCUCUGGACCUUUUUUGGGAAUCUAUGA